AUGGUUGCCACUGUGGCCCACGGCCCGGGGUCAGGCCUCCGGGGCAGAGCGCAGGUUCUGCCUGGAGAGGCCAGGGCAGUCGGCUGGGGAGAGGCGCUGGAGGUGGGCCUGGUUCUACUGGUGCGACACAGAGUGAGGGCCCUCGGUGUGAUGGAAGGAACGGUGGAUGCUGAUUUUGGGGAAUAUGGGCUGGAGGGGCCCGAGGAGCCUCCUCAUUUCCCUGCAGUGGUCGGGGGCCCGGCCACCAGUCUGGGCUCGGAGCGUGAACCAUUUGACUGGGGCCGGAUAUCCCUGCCACAAGUGUCCCACGGGCUGCCAGAACCCAGCAGCUUCUGGGUGGGAGCCACCCGGCGAGUGGGCGGCAUGAGGCACGGCUGUCACUGUGGCUCCAAACACAAGCAGCCAUCUCCACUCUCACUCGGGUUGUUGGCAGCCUCCCUGGAUGACCCCCUGCGGCCAGGCAGUCGCCCUCAGCCCCUGGAGCGCUUGGCACGGGGGGCGGCAGGGCGGGCGGGGCAGAGCAAGGGAGCCGAGGUGCCAUCGGGCACCUGCUCCGUGACGUGCAUCCAGCAGGCCUCGGGAGCAGAGCGGGGCUCAGAGAGGGACAGGCCUGGGGGAGCUCACACAGCCAAACGGCAGUGUGUGGUCAUCAUGCCCUGGAAUGAUUGGUCCUUCUCUAGCACCUUGGCUUCCGGGCGGCACCUGCAGAGGGGCGGGCAGCGCGCGGCCCCCGCGCCCCCCCAUGAUCAGAGCCAGGGUGGUUCCCGUGCCCUGGGGCCAGGGACGGUCUCCUGGAGGAGGCAAGGCUCCGACGAGCCCUUGAAGGAGGAGCCAGGCUCGGCUGGAGUGGGACAGGGACCCCAGGCCAAGGCAGUCUGCUCCGUGUUCAUCCUGCUGCAGGUCCUGGCUGUGCCAGCUGAGAACUCAGCCUUCUACCUGGCUGGGGAUUACCUCCUGGGUGGCCUCUUCACCCUCCGUGCCAACGUGAAAGGCAUCGUCCACCUCAACUUCCUUCAGGUGCCCCAGUGCAAGGAGUAUGAAAUGAAGGUGCUGGGCUACAACCUCCUGCAGGCCAUGCGCUUUGUGGUGGAGGAGAUCAACAACCAUAGCAGCUUGCUGCCCGGCGUGCUGCUGGGCUACGAGAUGGUGGAUGUCUGCUACAUCUCCAACAAUGUCCAGCCCGUGCUCUACUUCUUGGCUCAGGAGGACUAUUCCCUGCCCAUCCAGGAGGACUACAGCCACUAUGUGCCCCGGGUAGUGGCCGUCAUCGGCCCUGACAACUCCGAGUCCACCGCAACUGUGGCCCACUUCCUCUCCCUCUUCCUCCUUCCACAGAUCACCUACAGUGCCAUCAGUGAUGAGCUGCGGGACAAGCAGUGCUUCCCCGCCCUGCUGCUCAUGGUGCCGGGUGCGGAUCAUCAGAUUGAGGCCAUGGUGCAGGUCAUGCUCCACUUCCGCUGGAACUGGAUCAUCGUGCCGGUGAGCGGCGAUGACUAUGGUGACUACAACAGCCAACUGCUCAACGAGCGCCUGACCACCCACGACAUCUGCAUCGCCUUCCAGGAGACGCUGCCCACGCCACAGCCCAACCAGGAGGUGACCCAGUGGGAGAGCCAGCGCCUGGAGGCCAUCGUGGACAAGCUACAGCAGAGCUCAGCGCGCAUCGUGGUCCUGUUCUCGCCCGACCUGGUCCCGCACAACUUCUUCCGUGAGGUGGUCCGCCAGAACUUCACGGGCGCCGUGUGGAUCGCCUCUGAGUCCUGGGCCAUCGACCCGGUCCCGCACAACUUCACCGAGCUGCGCAACACGGGCACCUUCCUGGGCAUCACCACCCAGAGCGUGCCCAUCCCGGGCUUCAGCGAGUUCCGCAUUCACCCCGCCCAGGCUGGGCCACCUGCGCCCAACAGGACCAGCCUGGGGGCCACUUGCAACCAGGAGUGCGACACCUGCCAGGACACCACCGCGUCCUUCAACACCAUCCUCGCGCUCUCUGGUGAGUGCGUGGUUAGCGUGUACUCGGCUGUCUACGCUGUGGCCCAGGCAUUACACAGCCUUCUGUGCUGCACCCAGACCACCUGCUCCAAGAGGGUGGUCAACCCCUGGCCGCUACUUCAGGAAAUCUGGAAGGUCAGCUUCACCCUCCGGGGCCACGAAAUCUUUUUUGACAAGCAAGGGGACCUGCUCAUGAGCCUGGAGGUCAUCCAGUGGCAAUGGGACCUGAGCCAGAACCCAUUCCGGAGCAUCGCCUCCUACUACCCCAAGCUGUGGCAGCUGAAGACCACCCACAACGUCUCCUGGCACAACGCCAACAACACGAUCCCUGUGUCCAUGUGUUCCAAGGACGAACAGCCUGGGCAAAGGAAGAAGCCCGUGGGCAUCCAUCCCUGCUGCUUCGAGUGUCUUGACUGCCUUCCGGGCACCCUCCUCAACUGAACUGCAGACGAAUUCAACUGUCAGUCCUGCCCAAGUUACGAGUGGUCUCAUAGGAAUGACACCUCCUGCUUCAAGUGGCGGCUGGCCUUCCUUGAAUGGCACGAGGCAUCCACCCUCACUGCGGCCAUGUUGUCCAUCCUGGGCUUCCUCAGCACCCUGGCCAUCACGGUGAUCUCCUGGAGGCACCUGCACACGCCCGUGGUUCGCUCGGCCGGGGGCCCCAUGUGCUUCCUGAGGCUGAUGCCGUUGCUGCUGGCAUACACCACGGUCCCCAUGUACGUAGGGCAGCCCACGUUCUUCACGUGCUUCUGCCACCAGACCUUCUUCACCCUCUGCUUCACCAUCUGCAUCUCCUGCAUCACCGUGUGCUCUUUCCAGAUCGUCUGCAUCUUCAAGAUGGCCAGGCGCCUCCCACGUGCCUACGGCUACUGGGCGCGCUACCAUGGGCCCUAUGUCUUCGUGGCGUCCUUCACCGUGCUCAAGGUGGUCAUUGUGAUGGGCAAUGUGCUGGCCGUGAGCACCAACCUUACCGCCCGCACCGACCCUGACGACCCUAAGAUCAUGGUUCUGUCCUGCAACUACCACAAGGCACUGCUGGUCAACACCAGCCUGGACCUGCUCCUGUCUGUGGUGGGCUUCAGCUUCGCCUACAUGGGCAAGGAGCUGCCCACCAACUACAACGAGGCCAAGUUCAUCACCUUCUGCAUGACCUUCUACUUCACCUCCUCCAUCUCCUUCUGCAUCUUCAUGUCUGUCUACGAGGGGGUCCUGGUCACCAACAUGGACCUCUUGGUCACCGUGCUCACUCUGGGCAUCAGCCCGGGCUACUUUGGUCCCAAACGCUACAUGGUCCUCUUCUAUCCGGAGCGUAACACGCAGGUCUACUUCAGCAGCAUGAUUCAGGGCUACACCAUGGGGAAGGACUAG